CAUAUAAGACAUCUGAGCUAGUUCUAAUUCAUUUUUAGUCUGAUCUAUUCGUUGGGCAAGUGAAAUAAAAUGGUAUCACUGAUAUUAGUGGGGAUUUGGAUUGCUUUAGCAAUUUUUCAAAUCUAUAAGUGGAUGUUUCACCGGCCGAAUAACAAUUUCCCGCCAGGACCACCACGACUGCCUAUACUUGGAGCAUAUCCCUAUUUACUCUUGUUAAAUUAUAAGCAUGUCCACAAAGCAGUGGAUUGGAUGUGUUGGUACUAUAAAACCGAUGUCUUGGGAUUAUAUGCGGCUCAAUUUCCGACGAUUGUUGCGAACACAUCGACAACGGCAAAAGAAUGUCUCAAUAAUCAAGCAUUGGAUGGUAAACCAGCACUAAAAUUGGCACAGCUUCGGGAUCCCGAUUUUGAAGUUAGAGGAAUAUUUUUCACGGAGGGUCCUUUAUGGCAUGAACAACGCCGUUUUGCUUUGAGAAACUUACGAGAUUUUGGAUUUGGUCGACGACAAGAUGAACUUGAACUCGAAUUACACGACGAAAUUUUGAAUUUACUUGACUUGAUUAAAAAUGGACCGAAAUAUGAUUUUGAAAAGAAUUUUCAUGACGGUGAUAGCGUAUUAGUUCCAAAUAUAUUCCCAUCUACGCUCGGUAAUUUUUUUAUGAAAGUUUUUUUGAACGAGCGUUUGCCAAGAGAGAAAAUGCACAUUUUGUACAAAGCAUUUUUGAAUGGAAGUCAAUUCGGAAAGAAGGGAGAUGAUUGGGGACGAAUGUUCAGCUAUAAUGAAUGGAUACCUAAGCUAUUUCCCAAAUUUUCUGAAUAUAAUUUGCUUAGAGAAACACAAAUGAAAUAUUACAAUUGCAUGAAGGAAAUUAUCGAUGAACAACACCGAACAUAUGAUCGAAAUCACGAACGAAACUUUUUGGAUAUAUAUUUUAAGAAAAUGGAGGACAACAAAGAUAAUCCAAAAUCAAGCCAUACCUACCAGCAAUUGAUUCUUCUGACGGCAGAUCUCUUUUUGCCAGCAUUACUUGCUAAUGCAAUUCAAACGCAAUUUUUACUGCAACGCUUUUAUCUGCAACCAGAAAUAUUGAAAAAAUGUCAAAAUGAAAUAGACACAGUUGUUGGAAAUAGUCGUCUACCAACGCUGAAUGACAGACAAAAUUUGCCAUACGUCGAAGCAACCAUUCGAGAGUCUCUGCGUCAUGAAACACUUAUUCCAUCAGGUUUACCACACACCGCAAUGGCAGACACUAAAUUCAGAGGUUACGAUAUACCGAAGGGAACAAUUGUUUUUUCAUCAUUGCAUGCAUCACAUGUGAAUGACAAGGAAACUUGGAAAAAUCCCGACCAAUUCCAGCCGGAGCGAUUUCUCGACGAGUCUGGACAAUUUUCACCGAAACUAGAUAAAUCGAUGCCAUUUGGAGCUGGAAAACGAAUAUGUGCGGGGGAAACAUUCGCAAGAAAUACACUUUUCUUGCUUGUUUCAGCUCUUGUGCAAAAUUUUAACAUAAUAUUACCAGCCAACGGAAGAAUGCCACUUCCAUGUGAAACUCUCUCAGGAGUCUUCAGAUAUGCACCAGAGUUUCGCUUGAAAUUUGUAUCACGCUAAUUCCAUUUUUGAUAAAUUAUCUACAUUUUUGUUGUUUUUUCUAUACCUACAAUAUUAUUCUUAAGAACAUCAUAACUAUACGAAAUAAAUCGAGAAAUAUUAUGUUCGGCAUAUUAUGUACAUUUAAAUAUAAAAUAUGGUUUUUAACAUCAAUUAAAAUACUAUGAAUCAAAAAGUA